UUUUUUUUUUCUUUUGAAAACGUCAUUCAUUAGUUGUAAGUCCCUAGCCACCGUAAUCUCUUCCCCCAUCGAGAAUCGCCGGUCCUUCGAGAACAAACCAGAGUUUGAUUGAUUGAUUCAUAAUCCGACACCAAAAAUGUCGUCGUUUCUGCAGGGGCUUCUUGAUCCGAAGAAGAGCCGGUUGGCCGCCGUGCACAUGAAAUCUCUCUCCAGACGCCUCCGCAACUACGGGCUCCGAUACGACGAUCUGUACGACCCCUACUACGAUCUGGACGUGAAGGAGGCUCUGAAUCGGCUUCCGAGGGAGAUUGUGGACGCGCGCCAUCAGCGUCUCAAGCGGGCCAUGGACCUCUCCAUGAAGCACCAGUACCUGGCCGAGGAUCUUCAGGCUAUGCAAACACCAUUCAGGAGCUACCUUCAAGAAAUGUUGGCUUUGGUGAAGCGUGAGAGAGCAGAACGGGAGGCUUUGGGAGCUUUGCCACUCUACCAGCGCAGCAUUCCCUGAGCAACUUAUUGCAUAUUGUAACUAUUGUUAACUAGAGUGGAUCUCUGAGCAUAAUUUUGUUUUUUUUUUUUUUUGCUGAACGAUCUCUGAACAUAGUUGCAUUUGCAUUUCCCAUAGAUGUUUCAAUACAAGAAGUGGAGACUGUUCCUCUUCUAGAGGUUCUUGUCGUAUUAUUUGUCUUUCGGUGUCUGCAAGUGAUUUUCUGGAUGGUUGGCAGAUACCGGUUGCCUUUAUUUUGAAUAAUAAUAAUAAUAAUGAGGACCCAACUUUUCGGUUUA